AUGCGUCCAUUGAAUUUUUCAAUAUUGGUAUGUGGGGUACUCAUGAUGUGCUUAACUAUGGGUUGUGCCAAACUAAGCAAAUAUUGCUCCCUUUGUGAAAAUCAUACAAUGUGCAAAUAUCACGGACCGGGACCGAAUUGCGAAAAAAUCGGCGGGUACGGAGUAACUCAUUCGGAAAAAAAACAAAUAUUAGAUCUUCAUAAUUGGUAUCGUAAAAUCGUAGCGAAUGGUUAUGAAAAAUCAGGAUCUGGAGGAUCUCAACCAAAAGCAGCAGACAUGAUGAAAUUGCAAUGGGAUGAUGAUUUAGCCGAAGUAGCACAAAGAUGGGCCGAUCAAUGUCGUUUAGAACACGAUACCUGCAGAGCAGAUCCGAGAUGGAAGGUUGGACAAAACAUUUACUGGAAAUGGAAAUAUCCGACUCAUAACGUUAAUUGGACCGAAGCCAUUGCAUCAUGGUACGACGAAGUUUCUUUGUUUAAUCCAAAUGAAGUUCGAUCGUACAGAUUCGAUUCAAAAACGGGUCACUACAGUCAAUUGGUAUGGCAUGAUACUCAUUUUGUCGGUUGCGGUAGAAGAGAUUACGGAUUAAAUAAAUUGUACGUAUGUAAUUACGGUCCGACUGGAAAUUGGAUAAACGAACCUGUUUAUACGGUCGGAGAACCUUGUUCGAAAUGCCCUCAAGGAUGUUCAUGCGAUGAAUACCUUUGUGGUAAGUUUUUGUAA